AUGACGCACCAUCAUCGGAAGCUCCAUCACAGACGCAGCCUUGUCGACCAUGUGGCCGCAUGGUUCGACUCGGCCGAGGGCGUCAUCGAGCGGAGAGACGAGGACGGCAGCGACGCCGGUAAUGCUCAUCCGAUCCUGGCCUGGCCUGAAUCGCCAUGGCUGCCACCUUGGAGUCGUUCCAACGCUGACGUGGUGCUCGUAGAACCCGCCACCAUCAUCCGAACCGUCUACAAAACGAUGGCGCCAAGCUUCAAAGGCGCCGUGGGAGUGCAGCCCUUGACGAAAACCUCGAAGCCCCAGUGGGUCGCCGUCUCGGUUUCGACGUCUACGCCUGAACCGAAGAAGACGCCUUCCGAGAGCACCCCGCUCGAACUAUCGGAGGAACAACUACCCACGGCCAUCGUCGAGCCCAAGUCGAGCAUCUCGCUGCCCUCUGUCCUCGCCCAGGCGACCGGGGAGGCUUCCGUCGAGCGGCCGGAUGCCAUUGGCUUCGGUGCUGCCUCGGCUGCCGACAAGGUACCGUCGUCGAGCUUGACGUCGGACCGACCCUCGGCUGGCAAGGAUGCCGACGACGGCCCUUCAACCGGUGCCAAGAUCGGCAUCACGUUUGGUAUCCUCGGAGCCUUUCUCCUCGUCGGCCUGCUCGUCUUCUUCCUCUUCAACCGAGGCCGCAAGGCGGCCCGCAUGGUGCUCGACGACGCCGAUGAAAAGUUCCAGUCCGAAGCCUCGCUCGAACGCGACGAGAGUCGAUCGAACCCGAAGGCACCUCGCAUCAGCCUUCGACCCGUCACCCAGUUCCUGCCCAACUGGACCGGCCUCGAGAAGCGCAGCAGCAAGGGGAACACGCUGGCCCUCGCCGCCGCCGCCGCCAUCGGGACCCGACCGAAUGCGGGAGACGCCUGGGAUCGACCCAACACGAGCAACAGCGCCCACUCGGCCAACCCCUUUGGCAACCAGGCUGAACGUCCCCGGACGCCCAUAGCCGACAUGCACAGUCUCUACGGCCAAAACUCGCACGCCGCCGUCAACGGCGAUCACGCCGCUCCCUCGAACACCCACCACGCGGGAUCCCAGGAUCCGCUGACGGCCAACGGCCCGGCGAUUGGCGUCGCCGUCGCCGGAAGUGCCCUCGGCGUUGGUCCAGGGGCCGCCGCCGCCGCCACGCGUAGAACAUCGAUGCGCCACGGCGGUGCCAGCAACGGCGACGUGGGCGCUCCCGGUCGGCCGCCGACGGCUGGGUCCCUGAACCCUGCCGGAACGGAGCUCGGAGCAUCGUCGAACGGCGCGGCAUCUGCCGCCGCCGCUUCCGGCGCUCCUCGGAGCUGUGGCGUCCACCGUGUGCAGCUCGAUUUCAACCCAUCGCUCGAUGAUGAGAUGAGCCUCAAGGCCGGCGACCUCGUUCGCUUGAUCCACGAGUACGACGACGGCUGGGCUCUUGCCAUCCGCCUGGAUCGCUCGCAGCAGGGCGUCGUGCCUCGAACCUGCCUGUCCACCCGCCCUGUGAAGCAGCGCGCCCCUCCGGGGGGUCGAGUCGGACCGCCGGUGAACACGAAUGGCGGCAGACCCGGCAGCGCCCACCGAUCGAUGACGCCGCAAGCCAGACCCGGUCUCCCCGAGUCUCCUUCGCGACCCCGGAAGGGUUCCGGGCCUCCACCCGUUUCCUUCGUCGCACACGACAGCCGAUCGUACACCUCGACUGGUCCUCGGGCGUCACCCGUGGACGGUCCGACGAGCUCGACGGCGAUUCCACCACAGCGACCUCCAUCGGCUCCCUUGACAGAUCUGUUGGGGGAGAGGCUGGUGCCUGGUCAGGCGAUAUGA